AGAAUCCAAUCUCAAGUCCCCUCAUGUUGUGUUGCCUUGUUCUUUUUCUGUUUAAUUGAUCAGAACGUAACUGAGUAUCUCCUUUGAGUAUGCUUUUUUAGCUGUGGAAGUAUUGGGUGUGGUAACUGAGCAAUGGGCUCUUGCAAGUCCCCUCAUGUUGUUCUUCUGCUAUAUGUCUUGGUUUGCUUUGUGUAUCAAUCUUUCGCUUUUGGAGUUGAUACGAACCAGACAGCAAAGCUGCUGGUGGAUGCUUCUGAAGCAUCGGGACGGCCAAUAUCUGAAACAAUGUUUGGAAUUUUCUUUGAGGAGAUUAACCAUGCUGGUGCUGGCGGGCUAUGGGCUGAGCUUGUAAGCAACAGAGGUUUUGAAGCUGGGGGCCCAAACGUUCCUUCCAACAUUGAUCCUUGGUCAAUAAUUGGGAAUGAGUCAUCUUUGAUAGUGUCAACGGACCGUUCUUCAUGCUUUGACCGCAAUAAGGUUGCACUCCGAAUGGAGGUGCUAUGUGAUAGCCAAGGUGCCAGUAGCUGCCCUGAUGAUGGUGUAGGAAUUUAUAAUCCUGGGUUCUGGGGCAUGCUAAAAUUAUGGAUGCUGAACUAUGCAAGCCGGGCUGUGGCCACCUUGGCCCCGGGGCGUGUUGACGGAAGAUUCAUAUAUUUCAUAUGCUUAGCUUCUGGUUCAGAAGUUUCAAACUUGACAAAAUUCGAAUUUAUGUUGGAAGCCCAAGGAACAAAUCCUAAUUCAAGACUGCAAUUGACAACAACCAGAAAAGGGUUAAUAUGGUUUGAUCAAGUGUCAGUCAUGCCCCUGGAUACAUAUAAGGGACAUGGAUUUCGGAACGACCUUGUUCAAAUGUUGGAAGAUUUAAAACCUCAAUUUCUCCGAUUUCCAGGCGGCUGUUUCGUCCAAGGUGCACAGCUACGAAAUGCAUUUCGUUGGAAAGAAACAAUUGGACCCUGGGAAGAGAGACCUGGACACUUUGGUGAUGUUUGGAUGUACUGGACUGACGACGGACUUGGUUAUUUUGAGUUUCUCCGACUAGCAGAGGACCUUGGUACAUUGCCAAUAUGGGUAUUUAAUAGCGGAAUCAGUCUCAAUGAACAAGUUGAUACUUCCAGUGUCUUACCAUUUGUACAGGAAGCUCUUGAUGGUCUUGAGUUUGCUAGAGGCAAUCCUAAUUCUACCUGGGGUUCUCUCCGUGCUGCAAUGGGACACCCAGAACCCUUUGACUUGAGAUAUGUUGCUGUUGGGAAUGAGGAUUGCGUAAAAGAGAACUACCGAGGAAAUUACCUUAAGUUCUAUAGUGCUAUAAAACGUGCCUAUCCAGACAUCAAAAUAAUUUCAAACUGUGACGGAUCUUCUCAAAAGUUGGAUCAUCCAGCUGAUUUGUUUGAUUUUCAUUUCUAUGCAGAUGAUCCCAAAAACAUGUUUUCUAUGGCUCAUCACUUUGAUCAUACAUCACGUAGUGGUCCCAAGGCUUUUGUGAGUGAGUAUGCCGUCACAACAGGAAGUCUUCUAGCAGCACUAGGUGAAGCUGGAUUUCUUAUUGGGCUGGAGAAAAACAGUGAUGUUGUUGAGAUGGCAAGUUAUGCACCACUCUUUGCGAAUGACAACGGCAGGAACUCGAAAUUCUCUGCAAUCGUCUUUAACUCCUCACAUCUCUAUGGGACUCCUAGCUACUGGAUGCAAUGUCUUUUUAAGGAAUCAAGUGGAGCAACUAUUUUCAAUGCAACACUCCAAACAAAUUCGUCUACUAAUCAAGUGGAGCAACUUCUUGCAUCUGCAAUUUCUUGGAAAAAUUCAGAAAAUGAGAAUAGUUACCUAAGAAUCAAGAUUGUGAACUUCGGAACAGACAUAGUGAAUCUCAAGAUUGUUGUGGACGGGUUGGAGCCGAAUUCCAUUAAUCUGUCUGAGUCGACCAAGACCGUGCUCACGUCAAACAACCCGAUGGAUGAGAAUUCCUUGAAUGAGCCAAAGAAGGUGAUACCGAACCGGAUUCCACUUGAGAAGGGUGGGGAGGAUGUGGAGGUUGCAAUCUCGCCGAAUUCUUUCACUUCGAUUGAUUUCUUAAUAGAAUCAAGCUAGAGCUGAUUCUGUCUCUGUAUCUUCUAUUUAAAAGUUCGAAAUAGAAUAAGGGCUCAUUUUAAAUUGGUUUUAAAUGUUGCUUUUGGUAAGUAAACACUAGUCUUGCGAAAGGGCACAAAUAACACACUUUUGGGAUUUUAGUCUUUGGAUUCUGAUUCCUUA